AUGGAAUCAACAAGUUUUUCAUCUUAUAACCUUCUUAACUUCAAUCAAAGACCUCUUCGGCAUGGCCCGAAGUACCGGAGAAAGUCAGGAACCUUCAUCGUAGCUUCAACUGGAGGUAUCAAUAAUAAAAGCAAUGGACCGGAUUAUGUCGGUAAGCUCGUCGACGAAAACAUGAUCGUGCUACGAAUGCGGAUUAAAGAUACAAAGAUUUCGGAGGGUUUUGAGUUGCCUUCGGAAUGGAUGGAAUGGGAGAAGCAAUAUUACCUUCAUUAUAAUGAGGAUGUUUGUGAAGCAAUGGGGGUUUUGCAAAACUUGUUGGUGAAUGUUAGGCCAAGUUUCGGUAUUGCUAUGGUGGUACUUGUUUUAUUAAGCUUUCCAAUAUCAACUGGCGUCACCUUGUUUCAUGUUUUGCAGUUAGGUCAAUGGUUCAUAUCUGGGUUUAAUCCAAAUUGA